AUGAUUCAAUUACGUCGGCGGAAGCAGUCUCGAAUGAAUGUUUUUGUGUCAAAGGAGAGUCAAAAUCGAGUUGUAUCUCAAAUUGAAACUGAGUUCGUUCCACCUCAGUUCAAAAAAGAAUUGCAAAGUAAACUCCAAAAUCGAUCUCGAAGACACAGUGCCACGAUGGCAAAAUGUCAGGAACGUAAACAUCUGUUACAGAUAAUCAAACAGGUGCAUCUGGAAUUGUGUAAAAUAACAAAACUGGUAUGCACUAUCCUUGGAGUACAAAUGGCUUGGGAGAUAGGAGAAAUUAUCGUAAUUCUCACUGGAUCACUUUAUUAUUUCUACAUUCGAUACAUUACACAGCAGUACAAAAUUUUGCUAGAGCAAACAAUUUUGAUAUUGGCAUUCAGUUCUCUGAGCAUUUUGAAAGCCGUUUAUUUGAGUCGCGUUUGCAAGGAUGCAGCUGAUGAGGCAAACAAAACCAUUGAAAUCAUUCACGCUAUUUAUGGAUGCGACGCAGAUACUGAUAUGCAGGAGGAAAUUCAACAGUUCAGUAUUCAAAUUUUGCAAAGUCCAAAAACAUUCUUUGUUUUUGGUAUCACUCUGGAUAAUCGUAUCUUAAGUUCGAUUUUGAAAACUGUAACGACCUACAUAGUUAUCAUGAUACAAAUGAGCCAUGCGCUGGAAUCGAACAAUGAUGUGCAGCUAGAUGUAGAAUUAUAA